AUGCCUCUCCUUCUACUGCUCUUCUUCUUCCUCCUCCGCUUCUUCUCUUCUUUCCAAUCAGCUCUCUCCGCCGCCCCCUUUGAUAUUGCCUACCACAUUGAUUGCGGCGGCCCCACCAACGUCACCGAUCCGUUCAACACCACCUGGCUCGCCGACCGCUACUACACCGGCGGAUCCACCUCCGUCGUCUCCGAGCCACUCCACUUCCGCCACCCGCAGGAGAAGACACUCCGCUACUUCCCGCUCUCCUCCGGGAAAAAGAACUGCUACAUUCUCCCUCUCCCUUCCGGCCGCUACUACUUCCGCACCUUCACCGUCUACGACAACUACGACGGCAAGUCCCACUCCCCUAGCUUCGACGCUUCACUGGAAGGCACUCUGGUCUUCUCCUGGCGCUCCCCCUGGCCAGAAUCCCUAGCUCGCGACGGCGCCUAUUCCGAUCUCUUCGCCUUCGUCAAGGACGGGGAGGCGGAUGUCUGCUUCUACAGUAUCGCCACUGACCCGCCCGUAAUUGGCUCACUCGAAAUCCGCCAGGUCGAUCCGUUGUCCUACUCCGCCGCCGAUCUUGGUGACCGUUUUAUUUUGGUCAACUACGGCCGAUUGUCCUGUGGGAGCGACCAAUGGGGGCCGGGUUUCACCAACGACGUCGAUUACUUCGGCCGAUCGUGGCAGUCCGACGAAGAGCUCCGCACUCCCAACACCUCCAAAAUUGUCCGCGUCGUCUCCACCAGGGAGUCGAUUUCGGGAGUCAAUCAGGCGCCGAAUUACUUCCCGAUGAAGCUGUAUCAGAUGGCGGUUACCGGGAAUGGAGUGCUGGAGUAUGAAAUUCAGGUGGACGCGAAGAUGGAUUACUUGCUGUGGUUCCAUUUCGCUGAGAUUGACUCCAGCGUCAACAAGAAGGGGCAGAGAGUCUUCGAUGUGUUGGUGAAUGAGAAGAACGCCAGCAGAGUCGACAUAUUUGCGCAGGUGGGGAGCUUCGCAGCUUAUAGUUUUAGCUACACUGUGCAUAACUUGAGCAGCACUACUCUGAGCGUGAAGCUGGUGCCGGUAGCUGGUGGCGCGCCUAUUAUAAGCGGGAUUGAGAAUUACGCUCUUGUUCCCAAUGAUAUCGCCACUUUGCCCGAGCAAGUGACUGCCAUGAAAGCAUUGAAAGACUCUCUCCGAGUUCCUGAUAGGAUGGGUUGGAAUGGUGAUCCUUGUGCUCCCACGAACUGGGAUGCUUGGGAAGGGGUUACAUGCCGUCCAGACAUUAAUGAUACCGGCCUUGUCAUAUCCCAAAUAGAUCUUGGGAGUCAAGGCCUUAAAGGGUUCAUAAGUGAUCAAAUCAGUCUCCUUACGAAUUUGGUAAGCUUGAAUAUGAGUGGCAAUUCAUUGGGAGGAAACUUACCUGAUGGGCUCGGUCAUAAAUCUCUCGUACGGCUGGAUUUAUCAGACAAUCAGUUCUCAGGUCCCAUACCAGAAAGUUUAACUUCUUCGAGUCUGAAAUUAAUGUUAUUGAAUGAUAACCUAUUAGAAGGGCGAGUCCCAGAAGAACUUUAUUCUAUUGGUAUGCAUGGUGGAUCCAUCAACCUUUCAGGUAACAAAGCCUUGUGUGGUGUACCCUCAUUACCAGACUGCUCCUUAGUGUGGGAAAAUGGUCAUUUAUCCAAGGGUGGCAAAAUCGGUAUCGCUAUAGCUUGUGUUGUGGUAUUCCUUGGGAUUCUUUUCGUGAUCUACAUAUGCUGGAUCAGAAGGACUAGACAUGAUUAUGACUUUGCUCCACCUCAUGACCUAAUGUCAAUGGCAGCAAAAAGGAACAGAUACCAAAGACAGAAGUCGUUGAUGCUUCUGGAAAUGGAGAGUCAACAUGCUAAGGCAUUAUCAUCACCAGGUCCCAACUAA